ACUAGGACUGGGGGGGGGAAAAAAAAAAAAAAAGGUGUGUUGAAGAAGCUAGCGAGACUAGCGGAGUGCUUCCUGUUGUUUUGAAUCGGAAGAAGAGCGUUACCAUGGGUAAGAAGACACAACGCAGCUUGUUGCUUUUGCUGUGUUUGUCUUGGCUCGUUCACUGUUCAGCUGCGAUGGUGUUUUGGACUGCCGUGGUGGAAAUCAACUAUUUUGUCAGCCCUAACAAGACUGUGCUAAAAGACUGCGAGUGCGGCGUGUUCGGCCGCAACUCUCCACUCGCCCAAGCUGCAGGUGUCGUCAUCCUUCCCAAGGGAGACCCCAAAGGCUGCGGCCUGGAUCCUCUGUACAAUGCCAGCGCGUCACCUUGGAUAGCUCUUGUGAAAAGGGGAAACUGCACUUUCAGUGAAAAGAUCAAUGCCGCCAAACGUCAAGGAGCGUCCGCCGUGGUCGUGUACAAUGUGGACGGCAGCGGCAACGGCACCACUCACAUGGCGCACUCCGAGGCUCUGGAGAUCGUGUCCAUCAUGAUCGGCAACAUUCAAGGCGUGGAGAUCGCCGGCUUGGUGAGGAACGGGACAGACGUGCGGAUGAUCAUUGACGCGGGAAGCCCUCACGGCCCCUGGAUCGACGCCUACUGGCUUUAUUUCAUGUCGGUCGCCUUCUUCAUCGUGACGGCCGCCUCGGUGGCCUACUUCUUGUUUAUCUCGGCGAACCGCCUCUACAACAUGCGCAUGCACCGGCGAGCUGAGAGGAGGCUGAAAUCCGAGGCCAAAAAGGCCAUCGGCCGCCUGCAAGUGCGCACGCUGAAGCGGGACGACGCCGAGACGACGAGCGACUCGUACUUGUGCGCCGUGUGCAUCGAGUCGUACAAGGCGGGCGAGGUGGCGACGGUGCUCACGUGCGACCACAUUUUCCAUAAAGCCUGCAUCGAGCCGUGGCUGCUGGAGAAAAGGACCUGCCCCAUGUGCAAGUGCGACAUCCUCAAGGCCCUGGGAGUCGAGGCGGAGGAGAAGGAGAGCAUGUCCCAAGCUUCGCCACAAGAGGUCACCGUCAUCACGGUGGCGGGUGGGGAAGCCAUGUAUGAAGUCCCGCUCACUGACCCUCUGAACUCUGACCCGGAGAGACAGCAGCAUCACUAUGACAACAGGGGCUUUGAGGAGGAGGGUGCCAGAGGACAGUGACGGCGACGCCACGACUUUCACUCAAAUUCAGUCAAAUUAGCAGGUGAAAAUCAAUGUUUAUUUUUCUCGGAUAUAAUCAAUGUUCCUGCUCGCUUGAAACCACCUCGCAAAUGCGCAACGAAUUUUCGCUCCCUUUCAAAAGGUUUUUAAAUUGAUGAAGGCGACGCAAUACUUAUGAAUGAAACUCCUGAACUGAUUUCAACAUACUUCCUUCAACAUCAUGUUUUGGCCCGUGCACCUUUUCCAGCAAAUGGGAGGUUAGUUUCUCUUAAAAAAAAAAAAAAAAAAACAAACAAAAAAAAAAAACCACUUUACUAUUAAUUUGAUGAAAAUGCAGCGGUUCGCUGUGACCUCACAGGACAAUGUGUUUGAAUCGAUUUGUACAGUUGAUAACGGCACUGCACCUUUUGUACUGAUUACCUUGGAUGCCAAUUAAGGGUGUGUUUGACGUUAUUCUUUAGCCCGGUGAGUAAGUCGAGUCAUGUCGGGGCGCGAGCGCAAGUUCAAUUCUGCUCCGCUGACAUCACAGCGAGUCACUCCUGUAAUGGGGAGGAAAUCCAACAGAAUAUUUGGUUAUCGAUGCUGGCCAAAAAGUCUGGUUUACAAAUUUCACCUUUUCAAAAACGAAUAUUGUAUAUUUAUUGUGAGGUAACUUGGGUGGUGAUUGUGUUAUUUAAUGCUUCACUCAACGUGGCAGAACCACACACCGGGUUGUCAAGCUGGAUUUGUCAACGCAAGAUGGUAAACACACCCUUGGCUCUAAAUGCAGGAUGACACAUUGUACCAUGUGAGCGGUGAACAUCACCCCAGGGACGAUAUAAACACAGCACAUCUUCCCGUUUGCGCGUAUCAUCCGUUUACUUCAGCUUGUACUUAGAAUUGGAAAGUCCCUCCCCAAUAUGGAUCAGCAAUAAAUGUCAAAGUGGAGAUAACGUCUGUGAUAGUAGUGAUUGUGUAUUUGUUUAUUGGGGGAAAUUAUCUUUAUGUGUACUUAUAUUAAAAUGACAUCCAUAUGUUAUGAUUGUGUUAUCAUAAAGUUAGUGGCUUGUCCCUAUUUCUUUAUGUUCGUGUACAUACACUCAAGAGCAGGUUUGAAUGAACUAAUUGAAUCCGUGAAUGUAUUUGCAGAUUCUCAACUUUAGGACAAGGUUAGCGACAUGCAAUUUCUGAAAUAAAGUCAGUCCCCCUCCGGGGGGAAUAAAGUUUGUGUCAUUUUGCUGAUGGGCCUGUGUUGUUGUAACAGGACGCUAAAUAUAUUUUUCUAUUUGGAAUCAUUUCCACUCUGUUACAGAUUACAGCCGACAUCGUUCUGUAACAAUGGUAAUCAUUUGUUGUACGAAAUCACAUUGAUGCGUAUCAGAAUGCAAUAAAUCCCUCAAAAUGAGGUUGAUUUAAUAUAGAUGUGUAUGAGAAUUUUGUUUAAGCAGACCCACAACAAUAUGAAUUCUUUCACCACAUGGAACGAUACAAAAAAGCCCCCCAAAAUCCAUAAAUCUCUUC